AACAAAUUGAUAUUGAUUUCAGUCUUUUGCCCCAGAAAACACACACACACACACACGCACAGAGAGAUUACACCGCUCACCGAUUAACAGCAUCAGCAAUCAUAAAGUUUCUGAGAUAUCUGCUGUUCAGUCAAUACCAUUAUUUGAUCACAGGAUAGUGCUUACACAAAAAAGUGUCUCUUCUGGCAGGCGCGCGCUUGUGUUGUAAUAUUAUUACAGUUUCUGUUAAAAUGCAAAUAAAUGCGCAAAACUUUUACGCAUAAAAGGCUACAUGAUAAGACAUAUUGUGAGUUAGAUGCCUAAGCAUUUCUGUGUAAUGACUUCAAAUGUUAAAGCAAUGAAAUGUGAAGAAAUGUGAACUAUUCUGGCGCAGUGCGCUCUGAAGCAAGGAAACAAAGACAUGCAAACUUCCCGGACAAACAGAUAAAUAAUAAAUAAAUAAAUAAAUAGAUAGAUAGAUAAAUAAAUAAAUAAACACAGUUUGAUCUUAUCCAUAUGCACACAUGGUAGACUAUUGUCAGAUUUAUGGACUGAUAGAGAAUAUCUGGUUAAGGCACUGAUGCAGAGGCUUCGUGCGUAAAGGACGCGCCGUAGCCACACCAGCUGUUCUGUACAUAAAGCAGACGUUAUGCCUGAUGUUCAAAGCUGCAUCCUGGACGCACAUCACUGCUCAUUUAUGCGCACCUAAUCCUCGACACACGGAUCAGGGCUGAUGGUUUCGAUGAAAUUAAGGCGUAAAGUAGAGUGUCAACUUCAAGUAAUUUUAAACGCCAGGACUGAGACGUGGUGGUGACGUCAGGAGGUGCGAGGCGCCGGCGGGUGCGCGCAUUUCUCAAUCGCAGUCUCUGUCGCGCACCUGCCGAACUCACCUCCGCGCCCCGGCGCCUUCACGGACAGGCGCGAUGAAUCUCAGCAGGUCUCGCUCUUUCGCAGGCGCACCCCGGAACAGCAACUCGGGCUCCACCGACGAGCUGGUCAUCACCUCCACUUUUGGCACGCUGCUCUCGCUUGUUUACGUGGUUGGCGUUUCGGGAAACGUGUACACUCUGGUCGUGAUGUGCCACUCGAUUCGCUUCGCCACCUCCAUGUACAUCUCGAUAAUUAACUUGGCGCUCGCGGACUUGCUGUACCUCUCCACGAUCCCGUUCGUGGUGUGCACGUACUUCCUCAAGGACUGGUACUUCGGGGACGUGGGCUGUCGCAUACUGCUCAGUCUGGAUCUCCUCACCAUGCACGCAAGCAUCUUCACCUUAACCGUCAUGUGCAUGGAGCGCUACUUGGCCGUGACGAAGCCUCUGGACAACGUGAAGCGCUCCAAAAGCUAUCGCAAAGCCAUGGCUUGGGGGGUGUGGAUACUCUCUCUGCUCUUAACCAUGCCUAUGAUCAUCAUGGUGAACCAGACGAGCAGAAAGGCCGCGGACGGAAGCGUCAAACGCAUGUGCGCUCCUACUUGGGCACCUCAGGCGUAUAAGAUCUACCUGACUGUUCUGUUUUGCACCAGUAUCAUGGCGCCUGGCCUGAUCAUUGGCUACCUGUACACCAAAUUAGCCAGGACAUACCUUGAAUCACAGAGGAGCUCGGCUCUAAACAAGGGCAACAAGCGGUCACCUAAGCAAAAAGUGCUCAUAAUGAUAUUUACGAUCGUGCUCGUGUUCUGGGCCUGCUUCCUGCCCUUCUGGAUAUGGCAGCUUUUGCCCCUCUACCACGAACCCCUGGCCCUGGCUCCUCACAUCCGCACGUGUAUUAACUACCUGGUGGCGUGCCUGACCUACAGCAACAGCUGCAUCAACCCGUUCCUGUACACGCUGCUCACCAAGAACUACCGGGAGUAUCUGCAAAACCGCCACAAGAGCUUCUACCGCUACACGUCGUCCUUCAAGAAGCGGCCGCCGAGCUUGUACUCGUGGGGAAAGUCCGCGUCGUCGAGCAAUCAGUUCGAGUUUAACUCGGAGACGCUGGUCAUGUCACAGCUGAAGGUGCAGUGAAGGGGUGAGGAAGAGGAAGAUGACCAGGAGACAUGUGAGGAAAACCAUGGCCAUGUCCAGGUAAAUAUUUUAGUGUGAUCAUUCAUGUGAAACACCUCCCCUCAUCUUUCACACUCACUCAGCAGCAUGCACAAGAAUGAGCUAAAUCUUCACACAAACUCUGUAAUAAAUCUCUAACAAAUGCACAGAAAAGUAUCAAAAUACUUAAUAAUAAUGUA